AUGUAUACUCUACUGGAGCCAGUGGGUCGGUCUCUCCCUCCUCAAAGCGAGCGAAACGCGGAUGGGCAAGGGCUAGGGCGCCAUGUCUCGACAAGCUGCAGCUACGUGGUCCACGUAUCGUCUGAACUUCAAGUAGCUCAAGCGUCGCCUGCGGACAGUCCUCACAAUCGAAAAGCUCACGCCCGCGCAACCAUUUUGGGUACGCUGGUUACGGACCCGCGCAUUGGUUGCGGGCUUCUCCGAGCAGCUGUCGAGGGGCGGAACAGACUGAGUGCGACACGUUGA